AUGUCUUCGACAGCAGAACCGCUGGUCUGUUUGGGCGCGUACCGCUGCCUGCCGCUUUCUAAAGCACGGCGCAUUACCAAACAGGGUUGGCUCGACGCGCUUCCUAACGUAUCGCUGAGGGACAACUUCGAUGCCAACUGCUUACUAUGUGACGAGCCUGAGGUGCGAAAUGCCAUGCGGUGCUCACCAGCUCACCCCAAGGAGCUUUGGAACGUAUCGGGGGCGGUCAGCGACGUAUCGGAGCUCCUGAACGGCCUUGACUGGACCGAUCAACCGCAAUCCCGAAUGGGUUGGGUGCCUAGCUUGCUGCCCGGGAGCCAAACUCUUCGCGUCAGCGACGGCUGGCGAAGCUACGCGCCCAAGUCGCACAUGGCUGUCGUGCUUCCGUGCUCAUCGGCGCGAGGAGAAGACGCGGCAGUGAUGCGCACGUUCUUCACACAUGUCGAAACUGCGGCGCCUCUGCCUGGCGGCGUAUUUCUCGAAAUCGGCGGCUACAAUGGGGUGACUGAGUCGCAGAGCUGGGUGCUUGAGGGCUGUCUCGGCUGGCAAGGCGUGCUGGUGGAGGCGAAUCCAACCAGCUUCCGCGCUCUCCGUGCGGCUCGGCCCGCAUCUCUGAACAUCCACAUGGCCGCGUGCGCCACUGCCGGCUCGCUAAACUUCUCCCAGAAAUCGACAACUAUGGCCAAAAUACGUUCCUCGCACGACCGAAAGAGCGGGGACGGCCCGAGCGAACAAAUGGUGCCGGUGCCGUGCGCACCUUUGGGCCCUGUCCUCACCGAACUCGGGGUUGACGCAAUCGACUUUCUGAGCGUCGACGUUGAGGGCGUUGAGACCCUCGUACUGAGAUCGCUCGUCACGUCUGCUCAAUCGCUCACCCUCGGUGUAGUUCUGGUUGAAGUGCGUGGCGAUGGGCAACGACGCGGCAUCAUGGAACUUCUGCUCGGCGUUGGGAUGCGCUACGUUGGUUGCAUCUUUGGGCGUCCCUCACCGACAAACGAAGUCAUCAGCGACUGCUUUGUGAACGUGUCACAUCUUGCGUCCCGCUUUCCCGCAUCGCGGGCGCUGAAAAUGCGACGAAAGCACGGGCUUGCGUAUCGUGUUGGGCGGCCGCACACAUCAUCACCAUCACCGGCGAAGAGCAAAUGGGCAGCACGCACCAUCAUCGAUGGCUACGAUCUCGCCGACACGUCUUGCCCGUCCCGUUGUGGAGCGUUCUAA